UGAAUGUAAAAGGCUUAGACUGUUUUCUGACGUGAAUAUACGUGUUCUGAUAUACAGAGAAUUCUUGGCUCCUGGUGCUUCUUGUGAAGUAAACCUAGACAGCAAGACGGUAGAAGAGACACAGACACUCUUGAAGAACCCCUCGCGCUACACUUUCGAUGCUGCUCAAGACCACGUCUUCUCACUGAUGAAGAAAGACUCUUACCCUCGCUUUCUUCGAUCCGACCACUACAAGAGCCUCAUCAGUACUGCCCAACACGCAGCCCAGAAAAAGAAAUUUUUCAAUUUUGGUGCUCCAAUCCGAAAGAAGAUGGCGCCAGCAGCUGUGAAAGGAAAAAGAAGAAACAGUGGUUCUCAUAUGACCGGUAGUACUGUGGACAUAAGCCUAACUUCUCGAAAUCCAGGAGUGGAACAUACCUUUACAGGAAAACAUUCCCACAGUACAAGUGACCUACAUGACCUUGAAACACCCUCUGAUAAAUUGUCGUAUAGUAGACUCUCAUCUCCGUCAGUUUCACGCGACCGAGUUUACGACAGUGGGCACAGCACGCUCCAAGUUCCACGGGAAUCUCAGCGUUUGGAAUAUUCUAGUGGCUCUCUGGAUGAGACAAGCCCCAACCUUUCCCUGGCUGUCCCUCGUCGCACCAAGAACUUAGUCGCCCCGUGGGAGUCGGAAGAUUAGGCUUCUUUGAACUGUUCAUUGUUAUACUCCACUUUAGUACGUUGCAGAAUUCUUCCAUAACCCUUAAAAUUGUAUAAUUUAUUUCACAAUCAGUAUUCUCGAUGGUACUCUACCAAAAUUACCAUUUGAAGUUGAAAUGGAAUCUUACACGUGAUCCUUAAAUACAUUCAAAGUAAACAAAAUUAAACUAUAAAGACAAGUAUGGUGUUCUCGAAGUUCGUUCAUUUCGCUACAUUUAGUUCAUUCAACUUUGUCCAACAUGUAUGCUCAAAAAUGGAGAACUGACAACCGUAAAAAUUUUAAAGUCGUUUCGUUCAAAAUAUAGUUCCAAACAUAUCGGAAGUUAAUUGGCCUUCUAAAACAAGACACUCGAAACUUUGGGUAACUUCAGUUUUCAACUUGUGUCACUGACAACUUCUGGUCAGUUUCAUAUAUAUAGGGUUUAUCUCUUUAAUUUCUGUUACUGUUUAGCUAUGCUCACUUUUGAUCAGAAACUGAUAGCUAACUGUUACACAGUGAUAUAAAUACGGUUCCCCAAUAGGUUUUUCUUUGUGGUUUCAAGUUUAUCGAAGUGACCAGAUCAGACUGGACUGAAGCAAUAUUCCAACUAGACCAUCAUCUUUAUAAAGGGACUUUUUAUUAAUAUCCAGGUUAAAUAUAAGUUAUAAUUUUAGAAAAUUUGUUAGAAUAAGAUUUCAAGUCGUAGCACCUCCAAACAAACAGUAGAACAAUUUUAUUACCGAUUGGUCACAGUCACUAGAGUCAAUUCAAACUCGCCUGAACAGCAACAUUGAAAAUUUUAACUAGUAUUAAAUGGCAUGUAGGCGAUGAGACCCGAAGGUGAUUGGCUUGUGGCCGAUGAGACCCGAAUAUGAUUGGCUUGUGGGCGAUGAGACCCGAAUAUGAUUGGCUUGUGGGCGAUGA